UGUUCUCCUGUUCUGUCAGCGCAGCCGCAGCGGUAACAUGCGUGAAGACGGUGCAAGCUCAGUGUUGAAGGACAACUGUUCGGAUGUUGUAUUCUAGCGAUCAAAACUCAUUUUCAUAAGUGCAUAUUAUUGUGCUGUGCUUUAAAGGUGCCUUGCCGUUGACUGUGUUUUGAAAGAAAAAGAUGUUUAGAAAAAGUCAGAACCUAAAAUAUAUAUUAAGUCUUGUACCUGGAAAAAGACGUCUUGGGACGUACAGAUUUUUGCCCUUGUUCUUCUGUAUCGGGGGUGUCAUGGAGUGGAUGAUGAUAAACGUGAGAAUAGGAAAAGAAACGUUUUAUGAUGUCUACAGAAGAAAACAAUCGGAGAGGGAAUACCAGCACAAGAUUGAGGAGGGCUUUGUGCUCACAGACUCUGAAGCCAAAUGAGAUCAUCAGAACACACUGGAAAUAAAUGAUCGUCAUGAUAAAGAGACUGAAACAAACACAGUUUUGAGACUUUUGCACACUUAACACACUUUUGAUAUCAUUCAAAAAUGGGUAUAUUAUUAUACAUAAACUGUAGUGCAGCUGUGACAUGGACUGCGUGAUUAUGAGGACAAAUGAGGUGCAGAAGGCUGCCAAUGUUUGUUUCUGUAAGGAAGAUGGCAUUUUUUGUAUUGUCUAAAAGAUAAAGAUGGCUGUU